GGCAAAAAGCAGCACCGCCACAUCGGUUAUGUGACAUGCCGUCUUAUCUAUCAUCGAGUUCCGCGUUACCUAGGACUCGACAUACUCACAGUCAUCAAUUUUUUAUUAUUUUCAGUAGGUUGCAAUCAGUUGCAACUUAAGUCUACCACGAUGGCCGCCGGCAUGGGCGGGCUAUGGGCACCGGUCGUUUUGCGACUGGCCCGUACAGCCGCUUACAAGGCGUCCAAGGUGGUUCGGAAGAAGCUUGCGAAUGCGCUUCGACCAGUCAAUACCGCCUUGGAGCCAGCAUUUGCGAGAUCUACUUAUCCAAAACAACCUAUCCAUCCCUUGGCCUUAUUGCGACAGCAGAAAAAUCGAAGAUGGCACUCAACGUCGACCUACAAGAACAUCGACGCUGCUGUACGCCGCUUUAUGAGCACUGGUCGCAUUGAUGCCUCCGCUCGCGUUGACCGCAGCAAGUUUCUUGCCACUCAAACAGGCAAGGCCAUUACCCAGAUGACCGGUCGUGCACCGUUUGCAAGCACUCUACGACCAAAUCUGACUGGUGGGGCUUUGCCUCGCACCGCCGGCGGUUAUGGUCUAGGUUCUGGUCGGAUUGGUGGCGCCAGAUACUUUUCGCACACACCAGCCACUCAAGCCCAGGUCAUGCAGAACGUAUCUGCCGCCGUCAGAGCUUUCUGGAUCUCUGGCCAGAAGGCACAGUUUGACGGAGUCACGGCCCAUGGUGAGAGACGGUACCGUGCCGUGUCCACUCUUCAAGAGGAAACCUACCGGAAGAUGACAGCAGUGCCACGAAGUGCACCAGGGUCAUACGUUGAUUUCACAUUAAACCCAACUGUGACUGCACUUAGCCCAUUGGCUGCUGCUUUUCCCUACGCGGCGGCAGGUCAAAAGGUUCAGCCUAUUGAUGCUACUACCUUGAACACCGAAGGCUUCCUGGACGUAUUGUCCGUCGACUUUGGACGUGCUUUGAAGGAUUUGGCAGCCAUACUGACUGACAUCAAGAAGCUAUCCACGCUCGGUGAUUUGCCUAUACAACUUGAGAAGGGUCAUAUUCUUCGCGUACGAUUUCCGGGAGUUGAUGCCGAAACGGUCGAAUCACUCCUGAACGACCUUGAACUCAAUCGAGGCAUCGUGAAAGAGGAUACUGAUUUCGGCGCCGAGACCGGCGUGCCAAUGGCCCUCAAAUUCCCGUUUGCGCCAGACAGUAGUGAUGCCGAAACAAAAACAUUUACAUCUCCUGGGGGGUCGCUGAGAUCGCUCGGCAGCUUUCCGGAGGAACAUGAGCUGUUCGAAGCAUUCAGUGAGGUGGAAGACAACCCCUGGCUCGCGCCAGAACUCGAAGGUUAUGAAAGCAUGUCAUCGCCGAUUAGCUCGGGUGAGCAGUGUUCCGACGAGUUCGAAGGACUUGAAGGCGUGUACAGAUUCCUAGAGGAAUGUGAUCGUGCUCAAGGCAGAUUCUAAACUGCUUAUUCGGAUUUGUUGACGGCGUUCUUGAGGUUACACGGAGAAGAUUGAUAACAGGAAACCACACUCUUUGUACAUUAUUUCAUAUAGUUAGCCGGUAUUGUGACGGAACGGAUAGUAUUGACAAUUGCAUUUAGCAUACGGAGGAAUGGUAUUUAUGAAAUUGUGACCAUAAGAGAAGAUGUCGUGUUGCAGAUAGCAAAUUUCGUGCCAUAUCCAACUCAACGUAUGUUGUUGGUGGGCAGUUGAACUAGUUAAUAUGAUGUCGACAUAACCACGCGGAACUUAUCCUCAGGUCUUGGUUAGAUAAUGGUUGUUGAGAGAAAUGGUAAGAUAAAAAGCAUAAUACCAUGUCACGGCCUAACCAUUAACUUAUCUGGUAAUAACAGUACCGGCGACUGGGUGCUGUGUCCAUGUCUCGACGAGGUGUUGUUCUCUGCAAUACAC